AUGGGUGGUGGUGGAAAUCUCGUUGAUGGUGUUCGUCGUUGGCUUUUUCAUCGUCCUUCUUCUUCUUCUUCCAAUAAUAAACACAAAACUAUUGUUCUAAAGUCUGAUACUUUUUCUAAUCCCGAUCAAUCUGGAGAUUCGAAUGAGCUUAUUCUCGUUACUGAAGAUCUCGAUUUCUCUGGGCUACAGCUUAUUAAGGUUCCGAAACGUAAUCACUUACCCAUAGAUCCUCAAAAGAAGGGUGUGCAGGAGACUGAGUUCUUCACGGAGUACGGAGAAGCAAACAGGUACGAGGUUCAAGAAGUCGUUGGCAAAGGAAGUUACGGCGUUGUGGCUUCCGCUCUAGACACACACACUGGUGAAAGAGUCGCCAUCAAGAAGAUAAACGAUGUGUUUGACCAUGUCUCCGACGCAACCAGGAUCCUCAGAGAGAUCAAGUUGCUGCGGCUGCUUCGUCAUCCAGAUGUUGUGGAGAUUAAACACAUCAUGCUACCUCCUUCCCGCAGAGAGUUCUGUGAUAUCUACGUUGUCUUUGAGUUGAUGGAGUCUGAUCUCCAUCAGGUGAUUAAGGCUAACGAUGAUCUGACUCCUGAGCAUUAUCAGUUCUUCUUGUACCAGCUUCUCCGUGGUCUGAAGUAUGUUCACGCAGCUAAUGUGUUUCAUAGAGAUUUGAAACCAAAGAAUAUUCUAGCUAAUGCUGAUUGCAAACUGAAGAUCUGUGAUUUUGGACUCGCUCGUGUUUCUUUCAACGAUGCCCUGACCGCUAUAUUUUGGACUGAUUAUGUAGCUACUCGGUGGUAUCGUGCCCCUGAACUCUGUGGAUCGUUUUUCUCCAAAUAUACACCUGCGAUUGAUAUAUGGAAUGUUGGUUGCAUUUUUGCUGAAAUGCUAUUGGGAAAGCCUUUGUUUCCCGGCAAAAACGUGGUGCACCAAUUGGAUCUUAUGACUGACUUUCUCGGCACUCCACCGCCUGAGUCCAUUUCAAAAAUUAGAAAUGAAAAGGCGAGGAGAUACCUUAGCAGCAUGAGGAAAAAACAGCCGGUUCCUUUCUCUCAUAAUUUCCUUAAAGCUGAUCCUUUGGCUCUUCGCCUUCUUGAACGCCUUCUUGCAUUUGAUCCUAAAGAUCGUGCAUCAGCUGAAGAUGCACUGUCUGAUCCAUACUUCAGUGGUUUGUCGAACUCAGAGCGUGAACCAUCAACGCAGCCAAUUUCAAAGCUUGAGUUUGAUUUUGAGAGAAAGAAGUUAAACAAAGAUGAUGUCAGAGAAUUAAUCUACCGAGAGAUAUUGGAGUAUCAUCCUCAGAUGUUGGAGGAAUACAAGCGCGGUGGUGAUCAGCUUAGCUUCAUGUACCCUAGUGGGGUUGAUAGGUUUAAGAGGCAAUUUGCUUAUCUUGAAGAAAAUCAAGGUAAACCAGGAGCAGGAGCAGGAGCAGGAGGAGGAAGAAGUACUGCACUUCAUAGACAUCAUCAUUUUGCUUCUUUGUGGUUGUGUGUUUGCAGAGAGAGAGUUCCUGCUCCGAAUGGUGAAACUGCAGAAGGAAGUAGUGAUGUUGAGAGUAGAGCAGCAGCUGCUGUGGCUUCAACCUUGGAAUCUGAGGAAGCAGAGAAUGGAGGAGGUUACAGUGCUCGUAGCCUCAUGAAGAGUGCCAGCAUCAGCGGUUCUAAAUGCAUCAAUGUCCAAUCUAAAACCGACAAAAAGUUUGGACAUCAUAGCUGAGGAUGGAAAUGAUGAAACAGUUUCAGAGCUUACUGAUAGAGUUGCUUCUCUUCAUAAUUCUUAAAAUAAAUAUAUAGUUUUUUUGGCAAAAUUUUUCUGGUGAAAAAUUUGUUUCUCCAUGUUUGCUUCUCCCUCUUCCACAACUAUCUUCGUGGUUGGGGUUUGAUUUGUUGUAUUU